CGAGUGUAAAGCGAAAGUAGGUGGAUAGAAAGAAAAAAACAAAUAACGCACACGGAAGGCGAAGAGUUUCAUCUGUACGCGUGUUAAAGUCCUGGCGUCAAAACCGGUGCCUGCACAUUAUGGCGCAGUGGGCGCAAAUGACCCAGCACAUACAGUACAUGACAACUGAGGUGCUGAAUGAACUCUACCCAAUCACUUUUCCUCUGGAUAUCAGACACUAUUUGGCCAGCUGGAUAGAGGGGCAGCAAUGGGAUAGCUUUGAUGUGGACAACAUGGAGCAGGAAUCUCAGGCUCAAAUACUGUCGGAUCAGAUGGUGAUGUUGCUGCAUCAAGUGGCCAAGCAGAACCCUAAUCUGGUGGAGAGGGUCAAACUACAGCAUAUGAGCAAGAACUGGAGUGUGCUUUACCCACAACCCAUGCAACUUGUGAGGACAAUUCAAGAGAUUCUAAGGAAAGAAAGACUCAUUUUAUCACAGGCUAAUAUGCAGUUCCCCCCCUUUGCACCUCCACCUACCAAUGGCAUCCCACAACAAGCAUGGGAGGAGAAAAAGACAGAUGUGGACAAUCUAAUGUCCAAAGUUAUGGAAAUUCAGAAUCGCCGCCAAACACUUCAUCAGCUUCAAGAGGAAUUGAAUUGGGAGAAAGAGACGAUUCAAGGUCACAAUGAGAUGGAAAAAGGUGCUAAACAGAAACGCAUUCAGCAAAUUGAGUACAGCGCGACAAUUUGUGCACAGGAGCGUGUACAGUUUCUUUGCGAUGCCGUGGGAGCUCUGGAGCAGUGCCAGUCCUCUUUAAUUCUCAAAAUUGAGUCCUGGAGGUGGGAACAGCAUCGAUCAACCAUUGGCAUGCCCUUUGAUGACAUCCUCGACCAUCUGCAGACAUGGAGUGAGCAGUUGCUCAUUGUGAAUGGUAACCUGAGACAGGAGCUCAUGCUGAUGAAAGUGGACCACGGAGAUGCUGAACGGCUUCGAACUUUGGAGGAAAACCUGGCACGUUUACUCAAGACUCUCAUUCAGAGUUCAUUGGUAGCAGAGAAACAACCUCCCCAGGUCAUCAAAACUCAGUCCAAGUUUUCCACCACUUUACGCUAUUUGCUGGGAGACAAGAUGGCCCCUGGAAAACCUGUCCUACUAAAGGCUCAGAUUAUCACCGAGGCACAAGCAAGAAACCUAGGUCAACAAGGUGUCAUUCCCAAUGAAAAUGUAGGAGAACUUCUAAACAGUACGGCGAUCUUGGAGCACAACACCACAAGCAAGAACACCUGUGCCACCUUUAGAAACAUGUCUAUAAAGAGGAUCAAACGGGCUGACAGGAAGGGCUCUGAAUCAGUGACGGAGGAAAAGUUUGCAUUGUUGUUUACCACGGAAAUAACCAUCACCGGCUGUGAGAGGCCAUACAGCCUUCAGACCAUCUCUCUUCCUGUGGUUGUAAUUGUACACGGUAGUCAGGAAAUCAAUGCCAUGGCCACCAUAAUAUGGGACUGCGCCUUCUCUGAGCCAAACAGGAUACCAUUCCUCGUUCCGGAGCGUGUGUCCUGGCAACAGAUGUGUGGGGCUCUUAGCAGUAAGUUCAUGUCUGAGGUCCAGACGACCCGGGGCUUGGACCCAUUAAACCUUCGCUUUCUGGGCCAGAAGAUCUUUGAUCAACCUGAUCACCCUGGAGAUUUCGAAAACAUGCUUGUUUCCUGGGCUCAAUUCAACAAGGAAGUUCUGCCUGGUCGAAACUUCACCUUCUGGCAGUGGUUUGAAGGGGCAAUAGACCUUACAAAGAGAUGCCUACGAGACUAUUGGACAGAUGGAUUGAUCUUCGGCUUUAUUGGAAAACAGUACAUCCACUGCAUGCUACAGGAUAAAACCAACGGCUUCUUCCUUCUGCGCUUCAGUGACUCAGAAAUCGGUGGCAUCACCAUUGCAUAUGUGGAGCCCACUGAAAACGGAGGCAGGAGAGUCCAGAAUAUUCAGCCUUUCACCAAAAAGGAUCUGGACUCAGCUGGCCUUGGGGAUCGCAUACGGGACAUUAGCUGCAUCAGUCAUGUAUAUCCAGGCAUUGCAAAGAACGAAGCAUUUAAGAAAUACUUUACAGUUCCCUCCGCUCCUAAUGCUGAUGGAUACCUGCCUUUCAAACUUACAACAGUUGUCAACGCAGGAGAUGUUAGCAUACCCUCUGAGAAUAUCUCUAUGAAUUUUAUUUCACCAUCUACGUCUCAUGCUUAUGGGCACGACAUGAAUCAGGACAUAUAUAAUCAACAUCCCAAUCGUUGUACGCCUUCAUAUAGUAUGCCAGAUGACAUCAUGCCUCCUCAACCAAUUUACCCAACAGACAUGCAGGUAAACCCCCCUGACGAAUUCUCAGAAAUGGAGGAAUUUGAGGGACUUCUGUCAUCUAUCUAACAAAACACCAGCAAAGAGCUUCGCUAGAGGUACAGUCCCCCUGUUCUUGUUGGAGAAAGACUAUCAGAUGACUUGGUGCUCUAUGGAGAGCAACUCUCACGCCCUAAAAGAAACAUUACCCUUUUUUCCCAAAACAAGUGUAUCUAUAAGGAUUUACUUUGCUUAAAUUUGAAUCGUCAAUGGAAAAUGAUCACAUGGAUUGUUUUUAUUCAGCUCCUGCACAAAAAAAAAAAAAACACACUAAAGUGCAGUUUAGAGGACCAGUGUGUUUGACUCGGUAAUCAUAGUGAAUAUCUAAUAGGCAAUUGUGUUCAGUUCUAUAGAGGUUUCAAAAGUAGUUGCAUUUUCUAUUGCAUUAAGACAGACCAAAUAGAUUUGAAUAACACAUUUUACAUUUGAUGCUGAAAAAACAAAUCUCAGUGUGUGUCACCAGAUAUUAUCACAAUUGUAUUCAUGAAUCUAAAGAUGAGAUGCUGAAAGAGAAUAGCAUCACAGUGCUCUUUUAUACAUAAGUAUAGGUUUUAUUAUCUUUAUGUGCCAGUUUUCAUAUAAACAGUUUUCAUUUGGCUGUUGUAUUUGCAUGAAUUGUUCGUGACUGCAUAUCAUUAUUCAGUAUUCAUAAAAUGAUAAAGUCAGGUUUGGUCUGUAAAGCUAAAAUCACAGUUUUAUUAAAUGCAUAUAAUUAGUGAGGUUUGCUGAACUUCCUGAUAUGUUAUUUAGUUCAGGGUUUCUUUGGGUUUCUAAGUCUUCAUUUGUCUUUUCCUAAGUCCAAUAAAUCAAGACACCUUUACUGAAGAAGCAAAAUGAAGAUAUGAAUGUUUUCUGAAAAUAAUGAAGACCAUUAAAUUUACACUUAAAACAAAUCUUCAGAAAAAAUAAGAACAGUGUACAUAUUGUUUUGUAUUGUAUUGCAUAACACUUCUGGCGCUAUUGCGGUGGGAUACAGUUACACACAGGUUUGGUGGUAAGGGUAGAUUUAAGGCAGGAGUUUCCAAAAUCGGUCCUGGAGGGCCAGUGUCCUGCGUAGUUUAGCCCCAACUUCCCUCAACACACCUCCCUGGAAGUUUCUAGUAUACCUAGAAAGAGCUUGAUUAGCUGGUUCAGGUUUGAUCAGCUUUUCAGAAAACAAGGCUUCAUAUCAUUUUGCUUCUCUUAAAAUAAAUUUUGAUUCAAAAAUCUUAAGAUAUUUGCGCUUGAAAACACAAGUUUGCGAAACAUCCAGAAGGAACAGUAAAGUUGCAUCCAUAUUCUAGUUGUAAAAGUUUAAUAAAUCUGAGGGGGAUUUGUUGCUCUUUAAAUCUUCAUUAUCUGAUCUCUAAAGGGUUUUGAAACCUGCAGAAACCCAGCUUUAGUAGGAAAUUAUUUUCUUCUUAUUUUUAUCUCUAAGUUUUAACAUUGCCAUCCUGCAAACAUUUCGUUACAGCAUUGAUGAGUGUAAAUCAUGUAAAAUACAUCUUAUAUGCACAAAAUUACAGUAAGGAUUAAUAUCAGAUAUCAUACUGUCUCUGCUAUUUUACAGUGUUCUCUGUGCAUCUUUUUUAUAUUUAGUCUUUAAUACUUUCCUAAAAUUGAAACUGUGAUGUUUGCCUUCUGGAAAUACUGUUCUGUGUCUUGUAUAAUAUAAAACUUUCAUUUUACAGUGCUUUGAAUAGGAAAAUAUUAAAUGGGAUCUUCCAGGUGCCAUCAGUGACUUUCUGUAUGUAUUUAGGGGAUUAAUUCCAUAAUGUUGACUGUUCCGAUGAUUUUUUUUUCCCCUUCUGUAGCACUAAUGGAUGAAUGUGCCAGAUAUUAACCUGCCUGAUUGUUGAUUCUUGUUUUAGUCCUGUUACCGACCAUAAAAGAGCACUUACACAUCAAUGCAAUGUAAAAGUUGCAGAUUUUCUCUUUUUAAUAAAUGUGACCAAACAUGUAAAGCAGGUAUAUAAGAAUAUAAGAUAUUAUCCUGUUUUUUUUUUUUUUUACAAAAUAAAUAUUCACAUUUCCAUGUUUAAAGCUGGUCAAUAAAUCAAAAUGCAAUUCAAGACA